AUGUCCACCCUAGUCCAUAAAUACUUUGGUGGCAAAACAGUUGUUAAAGUGACAGAAGUUCAAAGUGUUUUCCUCAACUGCUCUAAGAAGGAGGAUGCAUGGAAGCUUGGGCUCAUCAACCUUAUUUACCAGUGUCUCUUUGGAUCUGAUAAUAGAAAGAGGGUAUGUUUGAAGAUCUUCAGCAUGGUGGAGGAUAUGGAAAUGUUCCUUCAAUUUCCAUGGGGAAAGGUGUCAUUCAAUUCAACUUUGAAGGGUAUUGACAAGGACAUGAAACAUCUUCGGCAGUUAUAUGUGGAGAAGAAGGAAACUUGCAAGGGGAACUGUGAUGUUGCUUAUACUAUUAGUGGCUUCGCCAUAGCCUUCCAAGUUUGGACAUAUUUGGUUAUGAAGACAUUUGUCCCCAAAUUUGCGGAUAUGAUCGAGGAAAAACAUACAUUCCCAAGGAUAUUACUUUUUACAGCCUCCAGAAGCAACACCAACACUAGCCAAGAGGUAUCCAAUGCCCUUUUCAAAUGCAAUGUCUUUAACAAGAUUCAUGAGUCUGAGGAGGAGAAGAGGAACUACUGUGGGGAUGACUUUGAAGAAAUGGGAGAUUACAUUUAUGAUGAUUUAUUUGAGGUGGAUGGUAGGAAGAGAAAGAAUGAAGAUGGUACUCCCAAACAAACGCCCAAGAGGAGAAAACCAAUUAAAAGGACAGCAAUUAAGAGGACCGAGAAGUCAUUUAGUGAUGAAUCUAGCGAAGACAGCUCUCGGUCUACUACUCGUGAAUCAAGCCAUGUCCCUUCAGCAACGAGUCCUCAAAAGAAAGAAGACAGUUCUCCUACUAUGCAAGACAAGUUUGAUGACAAGUUUGACAAUCCGGUGACUAAAGCCCAGAAUGAUGACAAGUUUGAUGAGCUUACAAAGGAUGUGAAGGAGUUGACAAGGGAUAAUGAUGUUUCAGCUGCUGAUGAUUUAGUGGAGAAGGAUUUGGAAAUCAACAAAGAUGUUGCUGAUGCGAAUGAUGAUGUUGAUGAUCUGCUGAAUGAAAAAGAAGAUGCUGUUGAUAUGAAUGAUGUUGUUGAUCGGUUGAAUGAGAAAGAAGAUGCUGCUGAUGGGUUGGAGAUGAUAAACAAUGCUGUUGUUGUUGAUGAUGACAAAGAUUCUUCUGCUGUUGAUGAUGCUUCUACUGUUGAUGGUUUAGAGAUGAACAAAGAAGCUGUUGUUGAUGAUGAUCAAAACAAAGAUGCUGCUGCUGAAACUGUUGUUGUUGAAACUGCUGCUGAUGAAGAGGCUAAUGAAAACAAAGAUGAAGAGGCUGCAGCAGUUGUUGAUAAGAAUGCUGAGUUGGGAAAGAAAGAAUUGGCCACGAAGAAGAAGAGGAAGGUGGUUUUGGCCAAAAAUAGGUUGCAGCAGUUGGGCAAGAAAAGGAAGAUGAAUGAAGAGGCUGACAUGGGAAAGAUGAAUGAUGAAGAGGCUGACAUGGGAAAGAAGAAUGAUGAAGAGGGACAGAGUUUUCGGAGAAAGAAGAGGUCCACACAAUUGGAGAACUACACAGAUCCUAAUGGAAAAUCCUUUAAACUCAUUGAUCCAGUAACUGUAAAUCCUCUUUUAAAUUAUGAUAGCGAACUGUUGGAUGAGUUGAAACAAUGGCUGAAGCUGGAGGAUGAAGACAAGAUAAAUCUGGUUCUUUUCCAUGCUGGUCGAGAAUUGUUUAACAAAAUGUUGAGGCCUCAGAAUUGGCUACAUGAUCAACAGGAGAUAGAUGCAGCAUGUUACAUUCUUAAAAAAAGGGUUGCCAAUUUUCCCAAGACUUAUCAACCGAUGGAUUUCUCAAUAUGUGACUGUAAUGUCUCUACGAGGUUGUCGUUACGUUAUUCAAAGUUCUCCAAAAAUCCACAAAUAUACCAAUUCGACGAUGACUUGAUGGAAUAUUUCAGGGGUGAUGAAGGAAAAUUGAUGACUUCUUGGAUGAUUGUAGAUAAGGUAUAUUUCCCUAUGAAUCUGAAUAUGAAGCAUUGGGUCCUUUGUGAGGUGCAACUACAAGAUUGGUGCAUCAAUGUUUAUGACUACGAACAAGGAUUUAUCAAAAAGAAUCACUAUGACAAGUUCAUGAAACCACUAUGUGAAAUGAUUCCAUAUAUCUUUCUAUUUGGAACGACCGAGUUUGACAGGAUCAAGUAUCCUAAGUUCAGUUUGGAAGGAAUGUCAUAUGUUGUAAUACCACACCCAAGAGUCCCCAAGUGCACGAAGAGUGGAGACUGUGGUCUUUUUACAAUCAUGUAUUUGGAGUACCUUACUGCCAAAUUGGAUAUAUCAGCUGUGACAACAGAAAACAUGUUUCAUGCCAAAGAUUGGGCACUUGAUUGUGAAGGUUGUGUAGAUUGGGCACUUGAUUGUGAAGGUCUUGCAGUAGAUGGUGCAGGCAUCACUGCUGAGCAUGUUGCUCUGUUAUGA